GAUAUUUGAGUUUGUAGAAUGCCAUGGGACAGGGGCCCAUUCAUACAGUGUGUCAGAGGCGUUUGUAAUCUUUGUGGAUUCUGGUCAAUUGAUCCGGUUUGUAUCCUGGUUGUUCAGGGUACUUCUGCUCAUCGGCGGAUGGUCUGGCAUUUCUGAGGCAGAGGCAAACCUUUUUCUCCUCUCCCCCUUUCAGUUGGCUUUUAUUUAAAUUUUGGCCAGGGGGUAGGCUUCCUAGGGAAAUAGCCUGCAGUGGCAAGAUGGCGAACAGAGGGUUGUGAGGAGGGAUGGUAAAUGAAAAACGCGUUCAUCGAUGAAUUAAGGUGUGUAAACCAAAGUGUGUGUGAUGGAACAGCAGAAUCAUUCAAAGCAGCUGCUUCUGCAGCUGAACCAGCAGCGAGCCAAAGGAUACCUGUGUGAUGUCAUCAUCGUGGUGGAGAACGCGCUGUUCCGCGCCCACAAGAACGUCCUGGCGGCUAGCAGCGUCUACUUCAAGUCGCUGGUCCCCCACGACAACCUCAUCAACCUGGACACAGAGAUGGUCAGCCCCUCCAUUUUCAGACAGGUGUUGGACUUCAUCUAUACAGGUCGUCUGUCCAGUUCUGACUCCGUCAGUGACCACAGUAUCUCGUCUCUCCUGAUCGCCGCCUCCUACCUCCAGCUGACUGAACUGGCUGCUCUCUGUCGCAGGAAGCUCAAACACAACGGUCAGACCCCCUCCAGCUCCAACAAGAUGACCCCCUCCUCUUCCACCUCCCCAACCUCAAAUGGACACACCCCUGGCCCCCUCUGCCUCUCCUCCAACCCCCUCCACAACCACCAGCACCAUAACAACCACUCAGGGUCCAAGAAGGGGAGCCAGAGGAACCAGAGACCGGUCCAGGAGGGAAGGCUGAGAGAGAAUCUGUCCGAGAAAGUGUUUAUUUCGGGCUCACGCUGUGCCUCCCUCAGCCCCUCUGGAGAAGGUAGGAGUAAUGGGCUGGGACUGGACCUGUCCAAAAGGAGUCCGUCAGAGAGCACUGCCACAGAGGAGGUGUCCCCCAGCAGUCUGCUCCAGAGCUCUUCCCCCCACUCCUCCUCUCUCUCCCCCACUCCCACUCCUCCCACAACGUCUAGUGCCAAGCCAGAGCCUCCAAAGACCUCCACAGACCUCCAGCCCAGAGCCCCUCGCAAGAGGCCCCGAGGUGAUAAAGUGACCCCAGAGCUGGAGGACGGAGAGGUGGAUGGAGAGGAGAAUGGGCUAGAUCAGAGUGAGGGGAGCGGGCACAGUGGAAGAGGAGGAGGAGGAGGAGGAAGAAAAGGGAGGAGAAACGGAAACACCAACUACAUCUACCGUCAGCCCCAGCCAGGGUUUGAGCCAGGUGUGGGGGACAACCUGUACGUCUGCAUCCCCUGUGGGAAAGGCUUCCCCAGCUCAGAACAGCUCAAUGCCCAUGUCGACACACACACCCACGACCAACUCUACCUGAAAGACGAGGAGGAGGAGGAGGAGGAAGAGGAAGAGGAAUGUGGUGGAUACUUGAAGGACAAAGAUCCGGACACAUGCCCAGAUGACUCUGGAUCAAAGGAGGUGAAGCCUGAUGCUGAAGAACCUGGGCAUCUCUGCACAGUCUGCAGUAAGAGCUGCAAGGACGCGACAUCACUACGGCAACACGAGAAGAGCCAUUGGCUGAACCGGCCAUUCCCCUGUAACAUCUGUGGCAAGCUGUUCACUCAGCGAGGCACCAUGACGCGCCACAUGAGGAGUCACCUGGGCCUCAAGCCCUUCGCCUGCGAGGAGUGCGGCAUGCGCUUCACACGACAGUACCGCCUCGCCGAGCACAUGCGGGUCCAUUCGGGGGAGAAGCCGUACGAGUGCCAGCUGUGUGGCGGGAAGUUCACCCAGCAACGCAACCUCCUUAGUCAUAUGAGGAUGCACACCUCGCCCUCAUAGAGGACACUUCACCAUCGCCACUGCAGCUGAACCACAGCUACCGGGGUUCUAUUAGGCUGUCUACCUCAUCUUCAGAUAACUAUCUGGACCCUCUGUUACCCAUAGUACCCCCUCACCCUUGUAAACACACCUGGGUUCUACCUCAUCUUCAGAUAACUAUCUGGACCCUCUGUUACCCAUAGUACCUCCUCACCCUUGUAAACACACCUGGGUUCUACCUCAUCUUCAGAUAACUAUCUGGACCCUCUGUUACCCAUAGUACCUCCUCACCCUUGUAAACACACCUGGGUUCUACCUCAUCUUCAGAUAACUAUCUGGACCCUCUGUUACCCAUAGUACCUCCUCACCCUUGUAAACACACAUGGGUUCUACCUCAACUUCAGAAACUCACCUUGAAAUGAAUUACCUCACCUUUAUAACCACUCACCCCGAGUAACUUACCAAUAUUUUCAACCUCUUAACAACUAUCACUUAUACCCUCACCCUCGUAACAACGAUCACCCAUACCCUCAACUAGGGAUUCAUAUUUUCACGAAAACCUACCAAGUUUCAAUACUGGGAAUAAUUGAUAUUUAUACCAAGAGUCCCGGGAAAUACCGCAAACAUUUGAAGUACCCAUUCUCAAGCCUUUAAAACCAAGAUAUGUCACUAUGCCUGGGUUUUCCCAAAAUAAGAUUGUCGCUGUACCACAAUGCCGGCUUGGCUGCGCCACUGUAAAGGUUUCACAGCAAGUGAAACUGAUAUUUAGUAAUGAUAGAGUAACUUUGAUCACCAAUGACAUUGUUGUGAAUUGCGAAACAGGCUGUUCAUGAAUUCUGAGCAUUAUCAUGUUACUCAAUUAAUUUAGCCCAGGACUACUGCUGAAAUAUGCUAUCUCGAGACAGAGCAUGCUCAGGACCCACAGAGCGCACCCAGAGUAGGCGAUAGCGUUGUCGAAUUAUACAAACUUUGUAACAGCAGUCAAACAAAAGUCAAAUGACUAAAGUUGCUACGCUUGUUAACCUCCAAUGAAUGACAAAAUAUCUCCUAUUUGUCAAAAUGGAGUUGAUGAUUAUACAGAUAGCAGGUCAGCUCAUGAAUAACUAGUAGUUGAAGAGAGGAAAUUGUUUAAAGAUCAUAACGGGGACCAUACUCUCUACUCUCGUACUGUUUGUUGAUCUCACAUUCUGUACCGACGCUCUCAUAUAGUCAGAAAUACGAAACAACUCAGAGAAGCGGGGGAAAUGUUCCAGGUAUUUUGACAUGCUUUGUUUUAUUUUUUAUUUAUUUAACCUUUAUUUAACUAGGCAAGUCAGUUAAGAACAAAUUCUUAUUUACAAUGACAGCCUACCCCGGCCAAACCCUAACCCGGAAGACGGUGGGCCAAUUGUGCGCCGCCCUAUGGAACUCCCAAUCACGGCCGGCUGUGAUACAGCCUGGAAUCGAACAAGGGUAGUGACGACUCUAGCACUGAGAUGCAGUGCCUUAGACCGCUGCGCCACUCAGGAGCAUAAGCAGACAUGCAUUGGAUUACAGAAUAAAGUUAGGAAUUUUCAUUCGAGACGGGAGUCAAGAUUUCUGGUUUCAGUGGGAUUAUUGGGACUAUAGGAAAAUAGCCUAGGCCUGAGUCAAUAGCCUGAGUCAAUAGAUAAUACACUUGAAUUUGGCUACAUUAUUCCAUUCUAAAUGUUUCUGAUCAGUGAUAAAUGAAUAAAUGAGCUACCACUUCUACUUGUCCAGCCAAAAUAAAUUAACCAAAUAUAUAGACAGAGAUUCAGUGAAACAAAAUCACAUUGAUUGAUUGACACAGGAUUUUUGUCGCGAGUAGGACAGGCUACUAUGCGAGUGAAGAGCAAGCAGACUUGUAUAACAUGCUAGCAACAUUUUCUGAUCAGCUAAUAUAUGAGCAAACUAGAGUAAAGAUGAUCAUUAGCACUCACCUCAACUUGACUAACAUUUCCCCAGCCUACCAAAUAUCCAAAUGGAGAUUCAGUGAAAACAAAAAUGUGACAUUGAUUGAUUUAUCUAGACCCCACGCUUGUCUCGAAGCAGUGCGAUGGCACUGUCUCAAUUAAAACUGCUGAAAUGAUCAUCUAGGUGACCACACACAACUAUUGCUUUAAGUUAGUUUAACGGUUGGAUAUAACUUUGGCAGUUUCAGUGUAACCAAGAAUUUGAUACAUGCAACAAAUUUGCUUUCGCCUACUUUAUUCUAAUAUUUUCAUCAUUCAGUUGAUCAUAACUAAGGUGUUUUCCUCUCUGCGCUUUUUCUAGUCCUAAUGGCUGUUUCCCCGUCUCCUCACGGUGCUGCCCACCUCCGACCACGUUGUUCCUAAUGGCUGUUUCCCCGUCUCCUCACGGUGCUGCCCACCUCCGCCACGUUGUUCCUAAUGGCUGUUUCCCCGUCUCCUCACGGUGCUGCCCACCUCCGCCACGUUGUUCCUAAUGGCUGUUUCCCCGUCUCCUCACGGUGCUGCCCACCUCCGCCACGUUGUUCCUAAUGG